AUGGAGGUUUGUGGUUGUUCUUCUGGUGAUCAACCACAUGAGAAGCUUACUUGUCCCCCGGGUAACCUGAAGGAAUGUAUCGAUUGGAUUCUGAGGUUAACGGGGAAGGAUGAUACGAAGAAUGGUGAUCAGAAUGGUAAGGAACUGGGAGAGAAGGUAAAGGCGUUACUUCAAAAAGCUAAUGAAGCUGCCAAAAAGAAACUCAAUGAUGAUCAAAAAGUGCUUAAAGAAGUAAUACAAAAGUUGAAUGGUAAUGGUCAAUUGAUCACCAAUUUGGCCGAUAAGCUGAAAGAUUUCAUUGGUUACAAUGAUGGUGGUACAAUUGGUAAUGGUCAGAUUGGUAAUGAUGGUAUUGGUAAAACUGGUACUUACACCUCUUCUUACGAUAAAGCCAACUGGAAUGACCAAUGUGUUAACAAACAACUCUGCGCUCGCAUCUUCCUCGGCACUAUCCCCGUAAUGUUUUCCGGUUUGAGUUAUUUGUAUUGGCGAUGUAAUACGGGUAAUGGUAGUGGUGAUCGUUGGACCAAGCAGCUAAUCAACAACUCUGGGAACCCCCUUGGCAUCUAUUUCGCCUGUUGUGGUUAUAAAAAAGAUGACUUGAAAAGUGAUAAGCAAGGUUCGGCUAUCACAGGUUUACUCACUGAAUUCAAAGACAACGGUACUGCCAACGUCAAAGAUGACUACUCGAAAUACAUCAACACAUUACUAGAAAACACCAGAAAAAAUGCCCCUAGCAAUGCCACGAAACACCCCCUCUCCACUCUCUACAUCGCAUCGCAAUAUUAUUUUCAAUCGCAAUUCAACAAUGCUGGUACCCGUGUCCCAACCACCAUCAGAGAAAUGCUAUAUUGGUUAAUGGCUCUACCCUAUAGUGGUUGUUUCCAGUAUGCGGAACAGGAGAUUAAGAAUGGUAUCAAUAAGCAUGGUAAGAUUAUACCAUUCAACGAUGUCACCUUAAACGAUACUGAUCCCCUCGACUGUCUUAUAUUAACCACUUGCCAUUACGCCGGUGUAGUACUAUCCACUAUACAAGGUACCCUCAAUGGCCUCAAAACGGAAGAUGGCACAGAACAAUUGAACCUUCACAACAUCUAUUCCAAUUCCCACUUCAAAUUCAAUUACCCGAACAACCUCUCCGAUUGGUUCAAUGAACUGUGGAAUGUGGUGUAUUAUUUAUUGUCUCAAUUAUAUUUCCUCAGGGAACAGUGUAGAACAUGUGUAGGCUCAGGUUGCGGUUGGCGGUGGUGUACAUACGGGAAAGACGUAAAAUAUGACAACCUUAAAUCUUGGAUUUGCACUGCCAAUCCAUGUGGUGGCAGUCACAAUGGUGGUACCUGCGAUCAAUCCAAUGCCCACACCUCCAAUUGCGGCAAAGACACCCAUCGCUCCCCCCUCCAAGCUUUCCUAUGUGACCUACUUACACCAUUCCAAUGUGAAUUCCUAAAAAACGAUAAAUGUCACGUGGAAAACGGUCAACUUGUACCCACAGGUGGUGUCACCCCUGUACCAUAUAGUGACCAUGUUUCCCAUCGCAAUUUCAAUCAAUAUUGCCCAGUACCAAUGGGAUUCAAUCACGAAAUGUUAACACAGACCGAUCGCACUGGUGACUGUAUCUAUUGGAUACUAGUUUACUUCAACCAAAGUGACCGUAACUCCGUCAGUCUCGACAACAUAAUCAUAUGUCUAAUGUGCUGCAGCCUACGUACCCCCCGUACAGUCGGCGAUCUCUUCUCGUUCUUCCUCCAUGCUGGGUUUUUCUUGAAAAAUGGUGAUGUCUCUACUGCCAUUGAAAAUGAAGGCAACAACACCCCUACUAAACCCAUUGCAGAAUGUAAGCAGAUAACCACCGAUCUCAAUAAUCUGGCUGGUAAAAAACAUACCAGUAAGCCUCCUCGCCACACCUCCGAUGCCGACCUCUACACCCUCUACAACAGUGAAUGUGACAACCCCAACACCUGUGGCAAUUACCUCCAAUCGCUCUCCUAUAGUAUCUAUUGCAAUAUUUCUAAAACUUUCGCUAUGUCCUAUCUAUCACAUAUUGUGUACCUCACGGAUGUCCUCAAAGAAGGUCUUAAAGUGUUACUUACAGAGUUCAACAAUCUCACGUGCGAACAUUGUACGAAAUGUAGCCCUCAUAAAAAUAAUCACGAUACAGCCUGCCAAUGUCCCACCAUCGUCCAAUGCGGUGACGUCCUACCCCUUUUCUUCAAAUACGGCUUCACGUACUAUUACGCAGCUGCAUUGAACGGAAAAGCUUACGACUCAAAAACUCGACAAUCCAAACCCGACUGGCUCCGCAAAUGCUCCCAAUUCUCCACUCAACUCCACGCAGUCAUCACCGGCAAACCAUUCAAUGACCUCCUCUCUGCCAUCGAAAAAUUCCUCCUUUGCAUCCGCCAACCCUUCCUGUACUACCUCUUCACAUUCUGGCUUAACAUCAAGACUGCCGAUCUCACGGGCUACCCCCAAAACACCACCUCCGAGAAAUACUCCAAAACACGGAUCUGGAUACAACUCAUUAUUGACACUUCCCCGGAUUCAACCUACUUCCAACACUCUGAGGCCAAUGCCAUGAUACACCGAGUACACAGUGGUGAUGUCCCUGUACAACACCUUAUCAACCUUAGUUGUCCAAAGGAUCCUGUGAUACAUAACCUUGUUCAGACCCUCUUGAGACUGGAUGACCUGAGUCAUAUCCUUGCAUGGACCUAUAAUGCACAAAGUGUUGACAUUGUGGAAUUCACCAAGCUAAAUCUCACAUUCCAUGCGGAACUACACAACAACCAUGUACGUUACAUGUGCCAAGAACACAACGGCCUGUAUAUCUACAUGGGUGACGUAUGGCACAGUCCCUUGACCGCAGCUCUGGUCCGUGGCCUCGAAAACAGUUUAUUGUUAUCCGACCAUGACGGUGGUAUCUAUAUAAUGGUUAGUACAGUGAGGUAUCCCAUGCGAGUGUUCCCCGAAAUACCCCAAGUGACGGCACUGUCCCAGGAUAUCGCCCAGGUGCUACAAGGCGUCGCCUGGCCCGAGCUCAUCUACGACGGUGGAAACACACACUGGCUCUCUGCCAUCGACACCGGCAGUCGUCACUAUUUGUACAAAGUCCACUCCUCAAGGUCUUUCCUGUUUGUCCCGACCUACGCCUCGAGCUUGUUCCUCCUUCUCAACAGGUUCCUGGAUAGACAGUACGAGCAGGUGUGCAUGAUCAGCCGGACCACUCUGUUCGAAGACGAAAGUGACAACAGCGAGGAACGUGCCUUCUGGGAGAUACUGGGACAAAUCACCUCGACCAGUGAUCCACACCCCAACGCCUAUGCCUGCCGACUCCACCUGCUCCUCGCCGCCAGCAGACAGGGACUCCACGUGACCCAGGGUAUCCACGUGAAACGGAGACCCAAAUCAACAAGGUACCUGCGACAUUUCCUCGGGACUCACAAAGUAACCACGGAGGAUGGUGUUUUGGGGGUGAAUUGGAUCCUACACCAGGAACUACUGGGGUACAUCACCCACUUGAGGUGGAUCUCCGCUGGGUGCCGAUUGACCGUGAAAGAGGAACGUGAACUACUGCUGAUGUGCCAACCACAGUUUGCACAGUACCCCCUGUUGUCAAAUAGAUUAGCCAUAUUGAAUGGGUUGGACACGUCACCGAGACAUUGUAGAGUUGUGGCGAAAGUGGACAUCACAUUGCCAAAGAGACCCGAAGUGUACAACUACGACAUGAGAAAUGACCGUAGCUGUGUCGAGAAAAGCGUGCAUCUAGACAACAUUUGUAACAUAUUCGGUGGUAUGCGUUACAAGAAACUGGAUACUGUGGUGUNAUGGUGCCGAUGCCCUGUGCUAUGUUGA